UGUCGGUUCCGGGUAAAGCGGGGAUAGGAGCGGCUGCGGGAGCUUCUUGAUUAGAUCAGCCAUGGCUGCAGCGGCGGCGACAGCGGCCCCGGGCGGGGCGGGAGCCGUGCCGGUGCCUGGAGUGCCAAGGCUGGGAGUGGAGACAGUAAAAGGACAGGCAUUUGACGUGGGACCACGUUAUACGGACCUGCAGUACAUCGGCGAGGGGGCGUACGGCAUGGUCUGCUCGGCAUAUGAUCACAUCAACAAGAUCCGAGCUGCGAUCAAAAAGAUCAGUCCUUUUGAGCACCAGACAUACUGCCAACGCACACUGCGAGAGAUCAAGAUACUUCUGCGCUUCAAGCAUGAAAAUGUCAUUGGCAUUAAUGACAUUCUUCGUGCACCCACCAUUGAUCAGAUGCGUGAUGUAUAUAUAGUUCAGGAUUUGAUGGAGACGGAUCUCUAUAAGCUUCUGAAGACCCAGCAGCUCAGCAACGACCAUAUCUGCUACUUUCUCUAUCAGAUUCUUCGAGGGCUGAAAUACAUUCACUCUGCCAAUGUGCUUCAUAGGGAUUUGAAGCCCAGCAAUCUUCUCAUCAACACCACAUGUGACCUGAAGAUCUGUGAUUUUGGCUUAGCCCGAAUUGCUGAUCCAGACCACGAUCACACAGGAUUCUUAACAGAGUAUGUUGCCACUCGCUGGUAUCGAGCUCCUGAAAUCAUGCUUAAUUCCAAGGGCUACACUAAGUCCAUUGAUAUAUGGUCAGUGGGUUGCAUCUUGGCUGAGAUGCUGUCAAAUCGACCUAUCUUUCCUGGCAAGCACUAUCUGGACCAGCUGAACCACAUCCUGGGUAUUUUGGGUUCCCCAUCUCAGGAUGACCUGAAUUGCAUCAUCAACACGAAGGCUCGCAAUUAUCUCCAGUCAUUGCCUCAAAAGCCCAAAGUUCCUUGGGCCAAACUGUUCCCAAAGGCGGAUCCCAAAGCUCUGGACCUGCUGGAUAAAAUGUUGACCUUUAACCCCAAUAAGCGUAUCACAGUGGAGGAGUCUUUGGCGCACCCUUACCUCGAGCAGUACUACGACCCCUCAGAUGAGCCAGUUGCUGAGGAACCGUUCAGGUUCGAUAUGGAACUGGAUGACUUGCCCAAAGAGAAGCUGAAAGAACUGAUAUUUGAAGAAACUGCACGAUUCCAGCCUGCCUAUCAAGGGCCCUGAGAGCCUGUUCAGGCCAGUGGCAGGUCGCUGCUUCACCGGGAGAUGAUUCGGGACUGUACCCAGCUCCCCCUUUGGAAUGUUGAGGGGAGCACAAGAUUCAGGGGUACCAACUCCAGGGUGCCCCUGUAGACUUGCUGUACAACUGCGCUUUGCUACGUGGCUGUGAACCCUGGUAACCCAUCUCUGGACCUCCUUAAUGUGAUGUGUUGGGGUGAGACCCUGGUGCCCAGGUUGGGGAAGGGGGGGCUGCUCCCUCCGUAUUGGAGGGAAAAGAAAGCAGUCUCCCAUCCCUUUAUCCCUUUUCAAAGCAACGAAAGGGGCGUCAUCUCCUUUUUUGGCAUUUUACUGUCUUUGUUAAUGAGUUAAUAAACUAAUCCUAUUUUAGCAGGGCC